AUUGGCUAAACCAGUACACGACAAACUCUUCGAAAAAUCAUUCGGGGCGUCGAAAGAGUGGAUAAGGUUUAUCCAAAGUUUUAAAUCACAAACAACCUUAACAUGAGUUCUCAUCGAACUGGCCCGCAGAAUGCUCCACAGAGGCAAAAGGGGACAAAAACUGCAGCUUCUAAAGACAACCAUUCAGUAACAAAAAGAUUACAGCAAGAACUUCGCAGUUUAAUGCUGUCGGCAGAUCCAGGUGUAUCAGCUUUUCCAGAUGGAGACAACUUGUUUAAGUGGAUUGGCACAAUUGAAGGAGGCAAAGGAACUGUUUAUGAGGGUCUUGCCUACAAGCUGACAAUGGACUUUCCCAGUGGUUAUCCUUAUGAGGCCCCUACAGUGAAGUUUACCACACCGUGUUUUCAUCCCAAUGUGGAUCAUCAUGGCAACAUUUGCCUGGACAUUUUGAAAGAUAAAUGGUCUGCUCUGUAUGAAGUUCGCACAGUUCUUCUGUCUAUACAGAGUCUUCUAGGAGAGCCCAACAACGACAGUCCUCUUAACACAUAUGCAGCAGAUUUGUGGUCUAACCAAGAACAAUAUAGAAAAGAGCUAUUAGAAAAGUACGAGAAGGAUGUUCGCAGCAAGCAGUCGUCAUGAGAACAACGAGGCUGAUGUGUUCUCUUUUAGUGAAAGGACCAGUCAUUGCUCAUCAUUGAAAAAGUCCAGAGACAUUCCUGGUGUUUUCUGUUUAGACCUAAUAAAUUGUUCAUAUUUUA